UUUUAACCUGAUAUAACCAAGCGCCUAAUGAUUUUGAUGAAAAAAUAAAUAAUAAUAACUAAUAAACAUUUUGCAAUUUAUUGUAACGAUUUCUCAAUAAAUCAGUCGAAGGAAGGUUUUUAAACAGUUGAACUCUGUCACUGAACAGACAUGGCUGGAUAUGGGGGCCAGGGCUUUAACCCAGGAUCUGCUGCCGCGCCUUCUUCGCAGGUUGAGAUUAGUGUCUCUUGCAGGGGCCUUCGAGACAGAGACACUUUCUCCAAGUCCGAUCCAAUGUGUGUACUUCACACUUGGGACAUUAAAAGCAAGACAUUUCAUGAGUUCGGCCGGACAGAGAUGAUUAAGGACACCUUGAACCCAGACUUUGUUAAGAAGUUUGUCAUGAACUAUUUCUUCGAGGAGAGUCAGAAACUGAAGUUUGAAAUAUUUGAUGUAGACUCACCUACACAAAGACUGUCUGCACAUGAUUUCCUUGGAAGGAUAGAAUGUACACUGGGCGAGAUUGUUGGCUGUGGAAGUGGUCGGAUUGAAAAAAACCUUCUUGGUAUUCAAGGACAGUCAAAAAUAUUUGUUCGUGUUGAAGAGGUCAGCUCAUCAAAAGAAGAAGUCCACAUGCAGAUGAGAGCUUCAGGUCUCGACAAGAAAGAUCUGUUCGGAAAAUCCGACCCCUUCCUGAUAUUCUACAGAGCGAACCCUGAUGGCAGCUAUACAGUGACACACAAGACAGAGGUUAUAAAGAACACACUCAAUCCAACCUGGAAGCCGUUUUGUGUUUCUGCGAAGACACUAUGCAAUGGAGACCACACUAGGUUACUGAAAAUCGAGUGUUACGACUGGGACUCUGAUGGAAGCAGCCAUGAUUUCAUAGGGGAGUUUACUACAACUCUGAAAGAUUUGCUGAACGCUCCAAAGGCCAAUACAAUGUUUGAUGUAAUUAACCCAAAGAAGAAAGCAAAGAAAAGAAAUUACAAGAACUCAGGGGAGCUGAAUGUGAUGCAGUGUAAAGUGGAGGUUGUACCAAGCUUCCUCGACUAUCUGCAGGGAGGAGUUGAUAUGAAUUUCACAGUAGCAAUAGAUUACACAGCUUCCAAUGGCAACCCAAGGGAGCCCAACUCACUACAUUACUACGCUCAGAACCAAGUCAAUCAGUAUGCUUCUGCCAUCCAAGCUGUGGGGGAAAUAAUUCAGGAUUAUGAUACGGAUAAAUUGUUUCCUGUUCUUGGUUUUGGAGCCAAGUUGCCAGACGGAAAUGUUCAUCAUGAAUUUGCUUGUAAUUUCAACCCCAACAACCCCUACUGUGCCGGCAUACAGGGAAUCAUUCAGGCAUACUACACAUCACUGCAGCAGGUCCAACUGUACGGGCCAACUAACUUCUCCCCAGUCAUCAAUCAUGUCUCUAGAUUUGCAGCAGCAAAACGAGACGGGUCGGCAUAUUUUGUCCUACUCAUAAUCACAGAUGGUGUUAUCACAGAUAUGGACAACACAAUCAAUUCCAUCAUCAACGCUUCCACUUUGCCGAUGUCAAUUAUCAUUGUUGGUGUUGGGAAUGCAGAAUUUGAUGCUAUGAAUGUUCUUGAUGGGGAUGGCCAGAGACUCGGCCACCAUGGAAAAUAUGCUGACAGAGAUAUUGUACAGUUUGUUCCAUUUCGUGACUUCCUCAGUGGUCGCUAUGGAAAUGACAUCAAUCUUUCGAAAGCUGCCCUUGCUAAGUCGGUCCUCGCAGAAGUGCCAGAUCAAGUCAUACAAUGGAUGAAAAAACAUGGAAUUAAACCUAAACCACAGAGGCCUAUACCACCUGCCAGUCAAGCAAAUCCUAAUUCCCCUCCCGCAAGUCAAUCGCAGUGGGGCACACCACAGGGAAAUGUUCAACAGCCAGGUGCCCCUGGGGCUCCACCAGGGGGCCAACAACAACAAGGAGGCUACCCACAGGGACCAAGUCAAGGUCAACCUGGCUACCCUGGUGGUGCCCCUCAACAAGCGGGCUACCCACAGGGGCAAGGUCAAGGUCAACCUGGCUACCCUGGUGGUGCCCCUCAACAAGGGGGUUAUCCACAGGGACCUCAGGGUUACGCCCAAGGUGCCUCUGGGACUCCUCCUUACCCACAGUCUGGGGCUCCAGGUCAAUCUGGGGGUCAAGUUCAACCAGGUCAGCCUCCAUACCCCCAGACUCAAGGACAAGGGGCCCAACCGUCUUAUCCAUCUACUCAAGGACCAUAUCCUAAUGCUGGCCAAGGGGGUGCUCCACCUUACCCACAAGGUCAACAAGGGGGUGCUCCACCAUACCCACAAGGUCAAGGUCAAGCCCCCUACCCGGGGGCUCAAGGGGGAGGAGGUGGAGCCCCUUACCCUACAGGUGCCCAGGGAUCAGCUCCAUACCCAUCUGCCCCCCCUGGGGCUCCACAACGGCCACCACCAACCUACCAAAACGCACGGAAAUAAGAAAAAAAUAAGUUUAUUAAAAAUAGAUUUGUCAGGUAUAAAAGUGACAAAGAAUUGCUAUCUUCCUUUUGUGAAGAAUAAUAAGAUGAGGUACAAACUGCAAUACAAACUGAUAAAAUCAGAACAAUUGUGUUUUCAUAAGCUAUAGAUCAAAGGUUUCAUACAUUAUUUCCUGUAUUAUUCAUUACGGUAUUUAAAAUAUCUUUUUGCUGAAAUUUGAAAGAAGUAUGGAUUUUUUAAUCCUGUUACGUGAACAACAAGAAGUAUUAAUAUAAAGAUUGAAAUUGAGAUUUAUAAGCAAAAAAUCGAGUUUGAUUAGGCCAAAUCAGAAUUUCAGAAAAUUUGAAAAAUAAUUUUCAUAAAGAAAUGCUAUUUUUUAUUGUUAAAUUCCUCAAUUAAAAUUAGCUGCAAGUUUUAAGACACUUUCCAGAUCAAUUUUGAAGAUUUUUUAUUUUCAUUAUUCAAAAGCAAAAGUAAUGCUGGAUUUGAAUGGGAAAUUGAUUCUUUAAUUUUUAAAACUUUGCAUUAACCUCAAAGCUCUUCAACUGUUUAUGUAAAAAUUGUGAAGUGUGACCAGUUUAACACAUUCCAGGAUUUUUUUGAAUGAAAAACAAAAAAAUAUUAGCGACAUAAACCUUGAUUCAACACAGUAUGUGAAACACAAAACAUUUUAAGUAUGAUUUCUAUGUUUCAUAACUGUUGUAUUUUUGUCAUAAUUUUUAAAAUCUGUGGUAUUUCAGAAGAGUAUGAUUAAUAGCUAUUUUCUACUGCUUAAUUUGUAUAUUUUAUUAAUGUGAUAAAAAAUGCUUCAGUGGUCCUUUUAUGCUUCGUAACAGAGCCAUAAAGUUCUCACACAGUUCUGUCUCAGUAACGACUCAGUAACCAUUUAACCCUCACAAUAUUGGUGGAUGCAAAAAUUUAUUUAUUUUUUAUUUUAAUGCAUUAUCGUGUUUAACUCCUUAGACUUUACUGAUCAAAACAAAGAAGUGCAUAUGAUUUAGGUACAGAUACAAAAAUAUUAGCGAUGUUAAGGGGCAUUUUUAACUGGGGAUUUUGUGGCUACAUAACUAUUAAUUUGAAAAACCCAUUUCUAAAGGCUUAUACUUUUUAUCUGUGCCUAAAUCAUGUGCUUUUUUCAUCAUUCAAGUCAAUGAAAAUGCAUUAAAAUCAUAAAUAAAAAAUGCAUCAACCUAUUAAUGGCAUUAGUAUUGUUGUGAAUUGGACCAUGUUUUACUAUCAAUAAAUGGAGAGUGAAAAAUUGUUUUAUAAUUAAUAAUCAGAUAUUUUUGUGCCUGUGUAAAAACUACCAAAUUUACAUUUUUGCUUCAUUUUUUAUAAUGCAUAUUUUUUAUGCUUUUUCUUACUUGUCGACAUUGAUUCAUGUAGAUUGGAUCAGAUUGAAAAUUGCAGUAUCAAAUUUUAAGGAAGAGAAAUGGGGCGAAAAUUUAAAUAAAAUGUUACUUUAACAUGAAUUUUUUAUGGCAAAAUAGGAUAAAACAGCUUUUUUUGUAGCCAACGAUUUUCAGUUAAUUUUCAAUUAUUAGUGAUCAUAGGAAUAACCCAUACAUUAAUUUCGAAAAAUUAGAAGUUGCAUGUAUUAAAAUUAUGCUAGCGCUCAAAGGUCCAUAUCACACAUGAAUUCAAUUCAUGUAAUAGGAAUAACCUAGAAAAAUGUUAAUGGGAUUUUUAUUAGCUUUAUUCAAUGUCAUGUAUUCAAUGGCUAUCCAUAUGCUAAUAUCAUUUUGGUGUGAGGUGUGUGGGAUAGGAAUUACCUAACAAAAUGUUUUUCAAAAAAAUGUUAAUGGGAUUUUUUUAAGCUUGUGCUAUACAUAUGUCAAGAUAUGUCCUCUUUUUUUUGGGGGGGGGGGGGGGGGGGGGUGUUAAUUUUUACAUUUCUGUGAUAGUUGUUGUCAGGAUAAAAUAGUAAAAAUACAAAGGAAAAAAGGAAAGUACAUUGUCAGCUUGGCCGGUAUUCAUACACAUCAAGUUAUUUCUUAGCUCAAAUUUCAAAAAAUUUCAUAGUCCAGGUAAAUGAAAACCUGUUUAUUUAUAAGUGUUUUUAACAUAACAGUAUGUAUUUUCAAUCAAAUCAAUGAGAGUAUUUGAGUCUACUCUAGUUCAGAUAUUUUUAAGUUACUUUAAGAAAUUACUUAAGUUAUUAAUUUAUAUGAUUUUUUUAGAAUUUUGUAAAUUUACAAAUACUAAAUGGGUCAGAGGUCAAUGUAAUACUAAAUUUACAGGUUUUUAUUACGCUAAAGUAUUGAGAUGUUUAUUGUUCUGCUGCUUUUGCUGUAUUUCGUUUUAGAAUUAUGCUAUUACAUAAUAGGAACUUUAUACGUUGUUUGUAAUGAUGGCAAGCCUAAAGGUAUUUGCCUUUGUGUAAGUCUUAUUUAUGGAUGUGAUGUAAUUCAAUCAAGGGAAAUGUAAUAAUGCUAUAUGUCAUAUGUUAUCAUAACCUAAUUAAUCCUGUAUUUUUAUACUCUUAUUUAUUUUUAUUAUUUGUUAUUUUCAUCAGCAGUUAUGAAUUCACCAUUACAUAAACUAUGUGUGAAUUUUAUAUAUCAUCAUGUUCGACUAGAGGAUGCCAUUUGAAAAGACGUAAUAUGUUAUCAGUGUCAACGACAGUUAUUAAAUAAUAUUGUCCUCGAAAUGUUACCAUUACACAUAUUUCUUACUGCUUAAAUAUGUUAGCGAUCAUUUAAGCACUGUGCAAUAAUUUAUAAGUAGUUCUAUCACAUCAUUAGAUAAUGUAGUAAUGAGUUCCGAAUGUGAUGUUUCAGUAAGGCCAUCCUUAAACACUGUUUGAGAGUCUGUUCCAACUCAUUGUUCCAUCUCUGAAGGCGACAGUUUUAUUGUAGCAUAUUGUAGCAUAACAAAUAAUUCCCAGCCUUUCAUGACACUGGAUAUGUUUGCAUAACAACUGCACACACACACAAUGUUUUAAAGAUGGCCAUUAUCCGAUAAUAUAAAGAAAAGAAUGUGUUUAAUCAUCAGCUGAAGAAUGUGUUGAAUAUCAGCUAAAGAAUGUGUUGAAUAUCAGCUAAAUAAUGUGUUGAAUAUCAGCUGAAGAAUGUGUUGAAUAUCAGCUAAAGAAUGUGUUGAAUAUCAGCUAAAGAAUGUGUUGAAUAUCAGCUGAAGAAUGUGUUGAAUAUCAGCUAAAGAAUGUGUUGAAUAUCAGCUAAAGAAUGUGUUGAAUAUCAGCUGAAGAAUGUGUUGAAUAUCAGCUGAAGAAUGUGUUGAAUAUCAGUUGCCAAUUGUAUAAAACAUUGAUAGGUUGGCCAGGUUAAAAGUUAUCUUUAUGCUAGUUUUCACAAUUGAUUUGAUUAUUAAAUAGUAUUUGUAUAAAUAUCGACCAGUCAAUAAACAUUUCGGCUAACUUUGACCAACCAAGAAACUAACCAUUUCUAUACAAAUGGCUGCUGAAGAAGAUAUUUAGUUAUUGAUGUUAUGGUUUCUUGCAAACUUUCUGCACUCUAGUAGUAUCCAAUAAAUUAUUUAUAAGCUUG